CGUCAAUCAAACAAUGAAGAAGCUUCAAGCUCAAGCAUCGUACGUACUUAAGCUUGUACAGGCUAAUCUAGGCCUUUACUUCGCCAAAUUCAAGAAGUUUACCUCCUUGACGUACACUCUGCAGUGACGGCCGACAGUAUAAAGGUAACCGCGGUAAUAAUCUUUUUUUUUAUCAUUUACUUCGUCACUCAUUUGUCCCAACCCACCCCCACAAAUUUAAAAUGUUCACUCUUUCUCUCCCCCUCGUCUCUCUUCUCGCAUUCGUCGUAGGAACCAGCGCUGUACCCACCCUAUCUGCUCGUGACAACAGCACUUGUAGCAGUACGGGUGCGCAGUGCGACACCGGCACCGUCUCCUGCUGUGAUACCACAUAUAAGUCCAACAGCCAUGAGUUGAGCAGGAUCCUAAGCGUACUGAACAUUGCCCUUGACCCUGUCGAGGGCAACGUUGCAAUGGGUUGCAGUCCCAUCAGCGUCAUUGGUACUGGUAGCGGCGCGGAGUGUAACCAGGAGCCCGUCUGCUGCAGUGGCAACACAUACUACGGCCUCAUCAACAUUGGUUGCUCACCGAUCAACAUUUACCUGUAA